AUGUCGUCUGGCGAACAAUUCAAGUCCGGCUUCUUGCCCAACCCUACGGAUCAGUCGUUCCCUGGCAAGGAACAGCAAUUGCCCGUGGAAGCUGUCUAUGACCAGUUGCCCGAUUUCAAGGGCGGCUUCCAAGACUACAAGGGUGCCGGCAAGCUGCAAGGGAAGAAGGCCCUCAUUACUGGCGGCGAUUCUGGUAUCGGCCGUGCGACCGCAAUUCUGUUUGCGCUAGAGGGCGCAGAUUCUGUCAUUGCUUACUUGCCCGACGAGCAAAAGGAUGCCGAGGAUACCAAGAGGCUCGUGGAGCGAAAGGGAGGAAAGUGCCAUCUAUUUUCCACAGACUUGACCGGCCAGAAGAACUGCGAACAGCUCAUUAGCGAGGCACUUCACGCCAUGGGAGGCAUUGAUAUCCUUUUCAACAAUGCUGCUUACCAAAUGAUGAAGGAUGACAUUUCCCAGAUCUCAGAGGAACAAUGGUUACACACUUUCAACACAAACAUCCACCCCAUGUUCUACCUGUCAAAGUACGCACUGCCUCAUAUGAAGCCAGGCUCGACCAUCAUCAACAAUGCCAGCAUCAACGCCUACAUUGGUCGUCCUGAUCUUCUGGACUACACCUCGACCAAGGGUGCAAUUGUCUCAUUCACUCGUGGUUUGAGCAACCAGUUCGUCUCCAAGGGCAUUCGUGUCAACGCUGUUGCGCCUGGUCCAGUGUGGACUCCCCUCAUUCCUGCCACCAUGACUGAGGAGGCUCAGAAGCAGUUCACCUCGCCAAUGGGCCGUCCGGCUCAGCCCUCCGAGAUUGCCAGUUGCGUGGUAUUUUUGGCUUCGGCUGACAGCUCAGUGAUUAGCGGUCAGACCAUCCACUGCAAUGGUGGUACUGUCGUCAACGGCUAA